AUGACGACGACGACCGACCCUCAGCCUGUGAGGAUCCCGCCUACAUUCAAGACGCUCUUACCAUUCAUCAGGCGUGCUGAGGAGCUGGAUAGGGAUACAUCGCGACCAGAAUCUAAGCUGAUCGCAUAUUUCUGCCGCCAGUAUGCCAUGGAGCUGGGCAUUAAACUACGUGAGAAUGAUGUGUCUAACGAAUCGACAGACUAUCUAUUGUCGCUCAUGGACCGUUUGGAAAACGAGAAGAAAAGUCUGCCAGAAUUUACGCAGGAGGAAGGGAAGGAAAUUUGCGAGGAUUUUGCGACCGAAAUAUUUUCUAAAGCUGAUGACGAGGAUCGCGCAGGGAAGGCAAACAAAAGCACAGCUCGCACAUUCUAUGCUGCUGGCACAUUUUUUGACAUUCUAACUCAGUUUGGCGAUAUUCCAGAAGAUAUUGUAGAGAAGCGUCGCUAUUGCAAAUACAAGGCGGCGACAAUUUUAAAAGCUGUUAAAGAAGGAAAAACGCCCACACCCGGACCGCCCGAGGGACUUGACUUUAAGGCUGACGAUGAUGGAAGUCAUGAUGCAUCGAUAGCAGCUAACGUAGUGUCAUCUACUUCGGAACCUUUUGCUCCCGCUGUGGUAGUUUCACCGAUGCAACGGUCCAGUUCCAUAAACAACUCAGCACCUCUUCCUUUCCCCCCGGAGACGACGAGAUCAGCAGGAGCCAUGAGUUUCAGCGAGCUCGAAAGUACAUGGCACGGACGUGCUAGUACUCAGAAUCCCCCGCAACUAUCAGCGCCAAGUCACUCUCCACCAGCUGCCCGUCCUAAUUCGGCUUUUUUAACCUCGACGCCACCACCUGAUUCGACGCAAAACAGAAAACCGCUUUCCUUUCCAUCUGCAGCUGACGACCAGCCAACUUCAGUCUACAAAUUGCCUUCGGACCCAACUUCAGAUAGAAAUACUCCUUCCGCCGUAAUUUCAGGCGACGACCCGCCUUCCUCCCCAGUUUUGGCCUACGACCCGCCUCCAGCCGCAACAUCAUCAAAUCGAUCACACGAAACCCAUUUUGCCCCAACUUCCUCGUACCAAUUGCCUUCUGCCCCCUCUCCAUCCUACGAGCCUUCUUUAUGUUUAACGAGUCAAGCAUUUCAAGGCAAGCCCGAACGUUUGCGUGAUACACAUGCAUCACAGAACGAGAUUAAUGAUGCGAUUGAGUACUCCAAAUUUGCCAUAGCAGCUCUUAAGGUGAAAGAUACGAAGCUAGCGGUAGAGCGAUUGGAAAAGGCUUUGCGCAUUAUACGAGGAGCGUAA